AUGUCGAACUUUUAUGAUAAGUUGUGUCCAUUUUAUCAUUUGAUUUUUGAAGAUUGGGAUGCAUCUAUUGAAAAGCAAGGUUCACAGCUAAGUGCCAUCAUAGAAUCGAAUUGGUCUCAACGUCAGACUGUAUUAGAUGUAUCUUGUGGAAUAGGCACGCAAGCUAUAGGCUUAUGUAAAAAGGGUUAUCGCGUCACUGCAUCUGAUCUUUCUGUCAACGAAAUUGAACGCGCUAAACAAGAAGCUCCAAAACGUGGACAGACAAAUAUUUUGUAUUCUGUUUGUGAUAUGAGAACAGCCUUCCGACAUCAUGGUGGGAACUUUGACAUAGUUAUUUCAUGUGAUAAUUCGAUUCCACAUCUUCUUACCGAUGAUGAUAUUCUAUCUGCACUUCAACAAAUGUAUUUUUGUUUAAAACCAGGCGGUGGUUGUUUGAUUACAAUUCGGGAUUAUGAUCGAGAACAACAUUGUGGUAAAAAUAUUGUUAAACCCUAUGGCAAAGCAAAGAUAGAAAAUGGUAAACGAUAUGUUGCUUUACAAGUAUGGGAUUUCGAUGAACCAAAUUUUCAGCAUUAUGAUUUCACUCUAUAUAUGAUUGAAGAAGAUCUCAAUUGUAAAGAAGUUGUUACACAUGCAAUGCAUUCACGCUACUAUGCAAUUGGUUCUGAAAAGCUCAUCAGAUUAAUGCAAAAUGCUGGAUUUGAAAAUGUUAUUCGACUCGAUGAAAGCUUUUAUCAGCCAGUAUUUAUCGGCACUCGACCGUUAACGUAG